AAGACUCUUCAAUAUAAUCAGGUCACUUGUAACGUGUCAAUAAUACACAGCUGUUUGCCUCUACAAACGUCAAAUCAAUUGCCCAACUACAAAAAAGCUAAAAAAAAACCACAAAUCGCAAAAGUGUGAAGAACAGAAUUUUUACAAAACUGUUUAAGAAUAGAAUUGUUAAAAAUAAUAUAUAUCAAUCAAUAUGGAGAUUGACGGAUUAAAUAACAGCGAUGAUAAGAAAUCUGCUGGAAAAUCGCAGCCAGAGAUGGAGGCAGCAACGAAAGGAGAUGAAGACGUUGCUGUCGAUAGCGAGACGGAGCGACGUGAACGUGAAGAACUCAACAACUUCGUAUUGGAUCUACAAACAAAAAUUAACACAAAAGCACAAGUACGUGCUGAAAAUCUCAGCUGUGAGCAUCCCAGCGAUUCCUUUUUUGCCAAACUUGAUUCCAGUCUAAAACGAAAUACAGCAUUUGUUAAAAAACUGAAACAGUUUACUGCCGCGCAACUCGAUGCUUUGCUCAAAGAUAUGAGCGGUCUUAAUUUAAGUAAAUAUAUUUCCGAGAUCUGUGCUGCACUUUCCGAAGCGAAAUUAAAAAUGAUCGAUGUGCCAGCAGUGGUUACGCUCUGUUCACGCUUGCAUCAAACCUAUGCAGACUUUGAUGCACAAUUUCUGGAAGCUUGGCAAAAAACACUCUCGCUCAAGCCCGGAGAGAAAAUAUCAAAUCCGAGCAAAUUGCGUGUUGAUUUGCGUUUAUUUGCGGAGCUUGUUAGCUCUGGGGUGAUCAGUAGCAAACAGGGCUUGCAACUACUCGGUUCUGUACUUAUCAAUGUCAUCUCGCAAGAUAAAGAGGAUCACAGUAAUUUCUCUAUAAUUUUGUCCUUUUGUCGUCAUUGCGGUGAGGAGUAUGCAGGACUUGUGCCACGCAAAAUGCAAGACUUAGCGGAAAAAUAUGGUGGUAUAACUAUUCCGAAAUCAGAUUUUCUUGCACCAGACAGACAACAAAAUCUACGUGGCUUGCUAAAGGAUUAUUUCAAAAAUUUAUGCAAGCAUUUAGUUUCCGAACAGCAAGAAUUGCUCAAUAUGACGAAAAGCAUACGCCGAACAAUGGAAUCCAAAGGUGAAAUAUCGAAUGAUAAAAAGGAAAAAUGUGAAUUGAUGCAGGCAAACUUUGACAAAUUACUGUCUUCUGCACAAACGCUCUCAGAUUUGCUGGACGAACCGUUGCCGGAGUUGACAAACGAAACGGAGACUUGUAAUGCAGGCACAGUACUCGAAAAUAUGCUCGAAGAAGCAAAUUUGGGCGAACUUGAUCCUUGGGGGGAUGAAGAAACAAAAAGUUUUUACACAGAUCUCCCCGAUUUACGGCAAUAUCUACCGAAUUUUUCAGCACCCAAGGUUGACUUAGAACAAAGUGAAGAGCCCGCUGAGAUGACUGAGGAGGCGCUCGAUGCUGAUAUCGAUGUAGAAAUGGAUUUAGAUGAUCCACCCUCAACAACUUCGGAUCCACCGAAUGACAAAGACGCUGAGACAGCAUCUGAACAAGCCAACGAAGAAGGAGCAUCAGCUGCGCCAUUACCGGAUAAAAUCGCUAAUGCGCUAAUGGAAGUUGGACGUGCACUUCACGUACCACAUACUAAACAACACUUCGAUCAGUUUUUGUCUAACUUAAACAAUUGUGUCAACAAGGAGCUCCUCGAUUCGGCGGCAAUAGAGUUUUUGCUGAAUUUCAAUACGAAAAACAACCGAAAAAAACUGACAAAGUCAAUUUUCGCGGUGCAAAGAACACGCCUGGAUUUACUGCCCUUUCUCUCACGCUUCGUUGCCAUUAUAAACCUCUGCAAUACGGAUGUUGCUAUUGAUUUAUCAGAAAUGUUGCGCAAAGAAUUCAAAUGGCACAUACGCAAAAAGAAUCAACUAAAUAUUGAAUCGAAAAUAAAAAUUGUACGCUUUAUCGGUGAAAUGGUAAAAUUUGGACUAUGCAAGAAAUUCGAUGCACUCAGCUGUCUGAAGAUGCUGCUACGCGAUUUCCAACAUCAUCAAAUUGAGAUGGCUUGUGCUUUUAUUGAGGUCGCUGGCAUUUAUCUUUAUAACUGUCGUGACUCGCGUUUACUUACCAAUGUAUUUCUCGAUCAAAUGAUGCGUCUGAAAACAGCUACGGUUUUAGACUCUCGACAUGCUGCACAAGUUGAGAGUGUCUACUAUUUGGUUAAGCCACCAGAAAGCGUAAAUCAAGAGGCCGUUGUACGUCCGGUAAUCCAUGAGUAUAUACGUCAUUUGAUAUUCGAAGAAUUGUGCAAACAAAAUGUAGACCGAUGUAUAAAAAUGUUGCGCCGCAUUAACUGGGAUGAUCCGGAGGUCAGCAGUUAUGCCAUUAAAUGUAUGUCUAAAGCUUAUCUGCUCCGCUUUCCACUCAUACGCUGCCUUGCUGAUUUGGUAUCGGGCAUGAGUUCGUAUCAGGAACGUGCGGUGACGAUGGUUAUUGACAAUGUUUUCGAAGAUAUACGCGCAGGUCUCGAAAUACACUCGCCAAAAUUGGCACAACGUCGCAUAGCUAUGGCUAAAUAUUUGGGUGAAUUGUAUAAUUACAAACUGGUUGAAUCGACGAACAUUCUGAAUACACUCUAUUCAAUUAUUUCACUGGGGGUGUCAACGGAGGAAGGUGUCUACUCAGAAUUAGAUCCGCCAGAUAGUUUGUUUCGUUUAAAACUGGCUUGUGUGCUGCUCGAUACUUGUGGCCAGUAUUUCACUAGCUCCAUGAGUCGCAAAAAAUUGGAUUAUUUUUUGGUGUUUUUUCAACACUACUACUGGUAUAAAAAGUCGCAUCCGGUUUUUAGUAGAGUGGAAAAUACAUCAGACUUAUUUCCUAUAUUAGUGGAUCACAUGUAUCGCGAUUGUUUGGCAAAUGUGCGGCCGAAACUAAAGCUCUACAAAAGUCUCGAACAAUCCAAGGAGGCUAUUGAAAAACUUAAAGAAGAGUUGUACCCACAAUUGAAAGCAAGCUUGCAGGCGCAAGCAGAAGGUGACAAUGGUCUGGAGUCUAUACGAGAAGAUAGUGAAUUUGAUGACGCAUUGAGUGACGAUUCGUCUUCGGAGCGUGAACGGCGCACCCGUGAUCACGACGCCUGCGCUGACGAUGAUUUCAACACCGAGGAUGCGAAUAAUGGCAUUGAAUUGGCAAAUACAACAGACUGGACUGAAAAUGAAUUUAUGCUCGAAGAUUCUGAACCGCCAGAAGCAGAAAAAACUAAGGACGAUUUGGAAUUCGAACAAUUGUUCGAAAAAAUGGCACAAGAUAGUUAUCAAGAGCGUAUCAAAGAGACCGUUAAACCGAAUACGAAAGAUAUACCAGUACCAAUGAUGGCUCGAACUGGUAAGAAAUCUUAUGAGCAAAUUGCAGCCUCGAACGGAAAUCAGUCGGGAAGCGACAAAGAAACAGCCAAAGGCAAUGGCGCAGCAGCAGCUGGUGGUGGUGGUGGCGCUGGUGUGGUGCCAUUUGUGCUUAUGGUACGCAGCGGCAAAGGUGGGAAACAACAAUUCAAACAAUUCGCUGCGCCAUCCGAUUCACAAUUGGCCAUCAAUUUGAAACUACAGGAAGAGAAGACGCGCGAGGAGAAAGAAAGGGUGAAGCGUUUAACGCUAAACAUAACCGAACGCAUAGAAGAAGAGGAUUAUCAGGAAUCUUUAAUGCAAUCUCAGCGCAAUAUGUCCCAAAAUCACUACCAACGCCCGAAUAGACCGAAAUUUCGCCAUCAAAAGGGCGCGCCAGAUGCGGAUUUGAUUUUCAAUUAAGCACUGUAGCUCAAUUAAAGGAAUUUGGCGUACAAAAUGAGACGUUUCGUAUUCCGCAGUGUUAAUUCUAUUGACCGCCAACCGAUAUCGUAAAUCAAUGCAUAUGCAGCUGGACUCGUACAACAAGCUGUGGCUACAACAAAGCCGCUACAACAAAAACAACUGGGAAAAAAUAUUAGCAGCUAAAAGUUCUAGCCAAGUGAAGAAGAUUCAUGUAUUGUUUGGGUAUUGCUGUGGCGAUUGUUGGGAUGUCUUCAAAGAGUUUAUUAAAGUAAUUACUGAGUUGAAAACAUUUGAAAUGUAAGAAACAAUCAAAAUACUGGGUAAAAUAAAAAUUAGAGUAAAAUAAA